UCCUCGGCGAUGCUUCUCCGACACCACGCGAGAGAUUGAUCAGCGAUCACCAGGACUGACUUCCGCCGGCAGAGCCCGCAGAGCGGCGGAGAAAGCAGAGCAGUGAGCCCCCCUCGCUGAGCUCCAGGAAGAAGACGCAAACAUGUCAGAGAGGAGAGGUCAGAAGAAGUCCGUCUUUCUAUCAUCAUUAUUAGUGUGCUGCAUGUUUGCUAGUGCUGAGUAUUCCAGCUGUGGAGAGUACGAGUUCUUCAACCAGACCAGUAACAGCUGCCAGGCCUGCCCUCAAUGCCAGCCGGGACAGGAGCCACAUAUGACCUGUGGCUAUGGAGUGAAGGAUGAGGACUUUGCCUGUGUGCCGUGCCCGCAGGGGAAAUAUUCCAAAGGGAAGUAUGAGAUCUGCAGACGACAUAAAGACUGUGACGCCCUCUACAAAGCCACCGUACGCCUAGCGGGAACUCCAGAAAGUGACGCUGAGUGUGGGCCUUGUUUACCAGGGUAUUACAUGCUGGAGACCCGGCCCAGAAACCUCUAUGGGAUGGUUUGCCAUUCCUGUCAGAAUGCACCACGCAACACCAAAGAAUGCAAGUCAAACGGUGGGCCCAAAGAAAAACCUCCAAUUGAAACUGGCAGCACAACAGUCUUCCCUCCUACACAUAAAGAUCCCACCGGACAAGGUCACUUAGCAACAGCUCUCAUUAUCGCCAUGUCAACUAUUUUCAUCAUGGCCAUCGCCAUCGUUCUCAUCAUCAUGUUUUACAUCCUGAAGGCCAAACCAAGUGGCCAGGCGUGUUGUUCAGGACAAGUUGUGAAGACAGUGGAAGCCCAGACAAACAAACAGGAAGACAAAAAAGAUGUCCCUGAUAAUGUGGUGAUUUACUCAGAGAAAGAUGAGUUUGACAAAUUAAAAGCUCCUCCUCAGAAGGCUGUGAAAAGUGAAAAUGAUGCAUCGUCAGAGAAUGAGCAGCUGCUGAGCCGUAGUAUUGACAGUGAUGAGGAAGCAUCUGAAAAGCAAGGAUCAGCAGACACAAACAACCCCAACCUGUGCCUUGUCAACAUGGGGAACAAGCCAGAUCUGUGCCUGCUCUCUCUGGGCCUCCUGGACCGCGACCGAGCCUGCAACGGGAACACCACCAUCGCGGCCGGCCGGGCCGAUAACAUCCCAAGUCCCAACCAUAUCGGCAACAUCAACCACAUUUCCAGCACAAACCACAUCAGCAGCAUGAACGCACUCAACAACAACAAUAAAACCCCAGGGAUGCUACAGAGUCGAAGAAAAAAGAUCCUGGAUCUGUAUGCCAGAGCUUGCAAUGCAGCAGAGGGCCUAAGCCCCACAGAACUUCCCUUCGACUGUCUGGAGAAGGCCAGCCGUAUGCUAAGUUCCUCCUACAGCAGUGAAGCAGCCGUGGUGAAGACAUGGAGGCAUCUGGCUGAAAGCUUUGGGCUGAAGCGUGACGAGAUCGGCGGCAUGAGUGACGGCCUGCAGCUCUUCGAGAGAGUGAGCACUGCGGGCUAUAGCAUCCCUGAUCUCCUGACCCGCCUGGUACAAAUUGAGAGGCUGGACGCCGUUGAGUCGCUCUGCUCUGACGUUCUGGGCAGCAGUGAGAUGGCAGCGGCUGGACGGCAGGGCAUCAGCAGUUUUCACAGCCAGUUGGUCUGCCCAUCUCCCUGCUCUUCUCCUUCCCAGCGCUGUGCCAGUGUUUAA